AUGGCGCUAGCCGACACGGCCCAAGCUCCUGGGGACGCCGACCCUCGACAUCUCGCCAGGCACAAGCGGUUUAUGCCGCCGCUGGAGACGAUGGAGAAGAUCGAGCCCACCGAUGCAGUUGCUAUUUUCUUCAUGUCUUGCCCGCCCGGAAGAGUCGGCAGGCCCAAGCCCACCAACCCGCUUAGUCCCAGUCCCAGCAACAGCUCCAGCAACUCCCAUCGCAACCGUCCCCGCACCCAACAUGCCCAUGCCAGGGUCUGGCUCGAGUCAACAGCCCUGUCUUCGGGUCCCAUCCGCCCACGAAGUGCCAUUGCCAAGAACCAGGACGCUAACCAGGAUGUUCUUCCUUCAAUGUCGCACGUCCCCAGAUCCGAGAUGCCUCCUCCCACUGCCCCGACGGUGACGACUGGACUCGCUUGA